AUGUCCACCGAUAGCCUGGCAGUUCCGACCUUUGACCCCAGCGAACAUGCCCACAGGCGAUACAACCCUCUGACUGGUAAACACGUACUUGUAUCUCCUCAUAGGACCAAGCGACCAUGGAAGGGCCAAACUGAAGAGCCCGUUCUGGCAGCUCUUCCUCAAUACGAAGAAACGUGUAACCUCUGUCCUGGAAAUGAGAGAGGUAAUGGAGAGCAUAAUCCCAAGUACACCGAGACUUUUACGUUUGAGAAUGACUUCCCCGCUCUGCUCACCGAGCCGCUUCCUUCUAUCGACGCUCAAGGCGAGCUGUCCGACACCGACGCCUUAUUUGCUUCACAACCUGUUAGGGGCCGGUGUAAAGUUAUCUGCUUCCACCCCCGCCAUGACCUUACACUCGCAAGGAUGCCGCCGCAGGAUAUUGAAAAGAUUAUUGGCGAGUGGAAGCGAGUCUAUGCGGAGGAAGGAGAGAUGCUGAGGUUGAGCUCUGGGGAGGGGUAUGUUCAGAUCUUUGAGAACCGUGGUUCUAUGAUGGGCGCUAGUGCUCCUCAUCCUCAUGGCCAGGUCUGGACUCUCUCCUACACUCCAGACGAGCCUCAAGUAGAGCUCACCAACCUCGCCCAAAACACCAGGGCGGCCAAUCCGAACCACCCCGUCCGAGGCGAUGGCUGCGCGUGCUUGCUCUGUUCGUACGCGGCGGAGGAAGUGCAACAGAAGGAGAGAGUGGUGGAAAUUGAUGAGGAGGGUGGGUGGAUUGCUGUGGUGCCUUUCUGGGCGGUAUGGCCAUUUGAGAUUAUGGUGUUGCCUUACAAACGACAUAUCCCUUCUCUCUUGCAGCUCGAAGAGAAUGAAGUGCAAGGCCUAGCAAGGAUUUUCCAAAAGGUCUUGGUGAGAUACGACAAUCUUUUUUCCUGCCCCUUCCCCUACUCUAUGGGCCUCCACCAGUCCCCGCUCCCCCCUAACAAUCCCGAAAGUGACGUCGCGCAUAUCCACUUCCAUUUCUACCCUCCUCUCUUGAGGAGCGCGUCUGUGAGAAAGUUCUUGGUCGGGUUUGAGAUGAUGGGAGAGGUGCAGAGAGAUUUGACGCCCGAGCAGGCGGCUGGGAGGCUGCGGGCGUUGCCGGCGGAGCACUAUCUGGAUAGCAAGGAUGUGUAG